CCAUGUCACCGUAUGGUAAAACAUGGUUUCCUUACCCGUUUGCUGCCUCGCGAUAUACCUCCUCAUCGUUCGCAUUCUUCGAUACCGGCGUGUCAAUAGGACUUCACGAAAAUAUGCUGACCUCAACCUCGACGCGAUAACCCCUCAAAAAGUUCAGGAAAUCGUAUAUGAUUCGUUAUUCUACGACAUGGUAUUGGGAACACAAGUCACAUUGUUCAAGAUUUAUGGAGUGCCGACUAUUGCAACGUUGUUACUGAAAAGCGGGGAAAUGACAGACGAGGUCCAAUUGAAUAAACGUCUCGCAGAUACUGCCACGUUAAUUGCUACCUUCAUCUCGAAUCCCUCACCCCCGUGCUCAAGCACUGACGACCGUUCUGAUCCACGAGCGGCGAUUGCUCUCGCUCGUAUCAACUAUAUCCACGAAAAAUACCCAAUCAGAAACGAAGACCUACUAUAUAAUCUGGCAUUGUUCAUGUUGGAACCCGUGAGAUGGACAGCCCGUUUCAACUGGCGGCCUCAUACCUCACUCGAAAAAAAGGCCAUAUUCAUUUUGUGGACCGACGCAGGCCGGCGAAUGGGUAUCGAAAACAUUUGGUCUUCCUAUGAAGAGAUGGAGAACUGGGCUCACACAUACGAGGAAGAGAACAUGAUUCCCUCCGAAUCCGCGUACAACCUAUCGCGCAUCACUAUCAAUCAUAUGCUGAACAGGGUCCCGUCAUUCCCUGGAUUGAAAAGUCUGGCGUAUAAUGUCUUUCUUACUCUAUUGGACGAGAGAACACGUUAUGCCAUGGGACUUCCGGCGCCAAACCGUGCAAUUUCUUCAACCAUAUACGCUCUAUUCCAUAUCCGAGCAUGGAUUGUUCACUAUCUUUGUCUACCUCGAUUCAAGCCCGCGCUUUGGGUCCAAAUGAACAUGAACCCCAUCUGCCCCAGUGCUGAUGAAAUCCCGCGAAUGCACGCGGUCUAUCCGCGUCGGUCCGGGCCGUAUUACUUCCCUGAGCCAACGGGAUACUUCGCAGUGAAGUUACAGCGACUUUUGCUCGCUCUUGGUCUCAAGAAUCCGGACAAAAUCCCAGGAAAGAGGUGGAGAAGCGAAGGUUAUCGAUUGGAAGAGCUGGGACCUGUACGUUGGGAGAACGAGGGACAUGAGGAAGUCAUGGCCGCUGCUGCUCAAAUGCAGGGAUGUCCUAUCAGUGGACCGUGGUCACUAGAUGCACGAAAAGGAAGAGAGAAAAAGGAGUAGACCAUAUCUAUCCUCAUGCAUUUUUGCCACACCUUCCGUAUAGAAAAUGUCGGGCAAUGGAGUAGACCUUCAUUCGUUUGAAAACCGAGUUCACCGACUAUCGACACCCUCUCCCGAUCCUCUAAUGUGGACAUUUCGUUACCGGA